AUGGCUCACUGCGGAGGAACCAAUGGAAGCAAACUCUUCACGAUGGUGCUGUACAUGGCGGCAGCGUGCGGUGCCAUCCCCAUCAGCGACCUGCUCGACCGAGCCUCUCAGCGCUCCGACAAACUGCACUCCCUCAGCACGACUCUCACCCAGGACCUGGACUCUCAUUUCCCUCCUAUAGGCCGGGUGAUCAUGCCCCGCCCCUCAAUGUGCCACACCUCCUCUCUGCAGACACCCAAUGACAAGGAGCAAGCUCUUCAAGUAUCAGAGUCGGACCUGUUGUCGCUGGUUCGCUCCUUGCUCCAAGCCUGGGAGGACCCGCUGGUGGUUCUGUCUACAUCCGCCAACACCCUGCCUCACCCGGCCCAAAGCAUCAUAUCCAACAAGAUCCAGGAGCUGCAGGAGCACUCCAAGAGCCUGGGAGACGGCCUGGUGGUCCUAUCUGGCAAGAUGGCUCCUGGAGCUCAGACCAUCUCCUCGCUGCCCUACUUCGGAGGCAACGACAUCGGCCAGGACAGGAUUUCCAAAUUGAUCAACUUCAACUUCCUGUUGUCCUGCUUCCGCCGUGACUCCCACAAGAUUGACAGCUUCCUGAAAAUAUUACGCUGCCGGGCGGCAAAAAUGCUCCCGGAGAUGUGCUAG